ACGAGUUUUGUUGGAACACUAAGUGAGACAAAAUGGCGGUUCGAACGGUCGACUUCUGGUUGGUGCUUGUGACAACCAUAACGUUAGCUUGUGUAAGCCACGCCCUCCCGACGUACAAUGGAGGCAUAGAGAACCAAUCCAGGGACAGAAGGGCUGCUGAGAACUCAGGAGGUCUGAAUGACGCCAUCGACAGCAUGCUCGCCAACGUGGAGGGCGUACUCGGCCGCCUGCACCAGCCGGAGAAACCCGACAACGACCGAGAAGAGCCCGAAAACGACCGAGACGAGCCCGAAAUCUUCCGACACGAGAUAAACAGAAAAGAGAAAGAAGAACAAUUGGACGAAUUACAAGAAGCGGACAACGGACUGAAGCACAUUCUCGAGGAAUCCAGGGAAGGUGAGGGAACGACUGAGGGAAAGAGCGAUGCUUUGGAAGACCUCGGCAAGGCUCUGGCCAAAGCUGACCAAGAAGACCGGGAAGAAAAUACUGCCGGAGGGAGGUCUGACAGACAAAAGGCAGGAGAUAAAGAAAAGGAGAGAAAUAGAGAAGACUCAGAGGGUGACGCCGAAGACAAGGAUGACGCUGACAGUAUUGAAGACACUGAUGAUACAGAUGAGGAAGAAUCAAGAGAAUCUUCGGAAAAGGAAGAAAAAGGCGACAUAGAUACAGACAAGGCGUAUGCUGACAUCCAGAAAGCAAUGGCGGAAAUAGACGCCUUGCGAAGUAAAGAUGGCCACGGAGACACAGACAAAGAAGGAGGAGACGGAGAUAAGAAGGAUGAAGAUGAACAGGAGGAAAAUGGUGAAGAUGAAGAUAAGGAUGAUGAGAAAGAAUCAGAAGGGGAGGAGGAAGAAGAGAGACAGGAAGGGGGAAAAGAGGAGGAAAGGGAAAAAGAUGAAGACCACGAGGACAAAAAAGAAUCAGAAGAGAAAGAAGAUGAGAAAGAAGGGGAACUAGAUGAAGGAGAAAAAGAGGGAGGAGAUGACAAGAUUGAAGAAAGCAAAGAGGAGAACAAAGAGACCAAGAACAGUGAUGAGAAUGAUAGAGAAGAAGAGGAAAAAGAAGACAAGGAAGAGGAAGUUAAAAGUGUCGACGACGACACAGAAGGGGAGACAGACAAGGAGGAGGAUGAAGAAGAUAAGGACAAGGAGGAUGACGACAUUGAUAUUGAAAAAGCAUAUGCCGAUCUGAAGAAAGCAAUGGCCGAAAUGGACGCCAUUCGCAAGAAGCAGCGAGGUGGUGGUGAAGAAACUGGAGAGGAAGGAGAAAAAUUAGAAGUAGAGGAGGUGCGGGACGAAGGGGAAGAAAAAGAGAAGAAAAAAGAGGACGGUGGGGAAGAAGAAAACAGACCAGGAGAUGGAGAAGAGAAAGAAAGAAAAGGAGAUGGAGUAAAGGAAGACGAUGGAAGAGGAGAAAAGGAGAAAGACGAAGGGGAUGAGGAAGAAGAUAAAGAUAAAGGGGAAGAACAUGAAGGGGAUGAAGAUAAAGAAAAUAAAGAAGAGGAAGAUGAGGAAGAUGAAGAUAAGGAAGAGGAGGAGGAGGAACAUGAAGAUGAAGAAGAUGAAGAUGGUGAAGAUAAAGAAGAUGAAGAUGAGGAAGAUAAAGAAGAUGUAGAUAAAGAUGAGGAAGAUAAAGAUGAGGAAGAUAAAGAUGAGGAAGAUGAAGAAGAUAAAGAAGAUGAGGAAGAUGAAGAUGAGGAAGAUGAAGAAGAUGAGGAAGAUAAAGAAGAUGAGGAAGAUGAAGAAGAUGAAGAUGAUGCAGAUGAUGAUGAUGAUGAUGAAGAGGAACAUGAAGAAGAUGAAGAUAAGGAUGAAGACGACGGGGAUGAGGGGAAAGGCGAAGGGAAUAAGGAAGAAGAAAAACAUGAAGAAGAUGAUGACAAGAAAGAAGAAGAAGCCAAAGAAGGAGAGAAAAAAGAUGCAGACAAGGACGAAGAAAUCAGGGAAGAAAAGGAAGACGAAAGCAAAGACGGUGACAAAAGUGAUAAGGAGGACAGUAGUUCUGAUGUGCAGAAACAGAAGAAGAAGCUCCUUCAGACAGCUGAGUACCUGAUGGGACUUGCCAUGAAUCCCGACGUCUCCAAGGAGGAGAAGAAGCGCCUCCUAGAGGACGCUGCCAAACUGCAGGAGGCGGCACAUGAAGGGGCGGUGCCUCCCGUUGAGUACGAGGGUGUGAUGAAACAACAUAGUCAACCUACGGAACUGGACAUGGACAAUAUACAUGUACCGAUUAUGUGAAUAAUACUGUGAAAAAAAUAAUGGUUCAAACUUUCCACUGGAUAUACAAAUUUAAAGGCAUCCAGUGCAGUUUUUAGGGCUUGGAAAUCCGAUUUUUCAAAGUCAAUAUUCUAGUCAUUUAUCUACGUACUGAGUUGA